ACGCCUCGAGGCAUAAUUAAAAGGUUAUAGCCCUGAAGUCAAAGAUAAUUAUGGCCAGCAACAUUUCAAAGGGUGAUAAUGCAGAGCACUAUAAGAGAGUGAGCUCCUGCUAUGACAGCAUGUACUCUGACAACCUAGCAGCUAAAGUGAGCAUCAUAAACCGUCAGCUGCAGUUCACCUCUGGUGACACUGUCCUAGACAUUGGAGGAGGGACGGCAGGAAUGAGUCAGCGGCUGUGGAAAACGCACAAUCUCAAGGCACCUGUACUUUGUGUGGACCCAUCGGAUGCGAUGCUGCAAAUAGCCCGAGGGAAGAUGGGAGUGGAGACGAUUAAGGCGACAGCUGAAGAGUUCUUUGUAAAUUAUUCCGACAGAAAAGUUUUCAGCAAGAUUCUUAUGAUUAGUUGUUACCACCACUUCAAAGAUCCUGGCUUGGUGUUUGAGGGCGUUGCUAGGCUACUAUCUGAUGAUGGUGUUUGUUUGGUGACUCACGCUGAAUAUGAACCUCUUUUGUUCUCACGACUAGGAAAGCUACUGGAUAUUGACUACAGCCAGAUUGCUAAGCAUGCUGAAGCUAAUGGUCUCAAAGCUCAAAUAACGUCUGAUAGUGAAGUGCGGGAAGUAACUAAAGAGUCGUGCUUCAGUUUUCUGAGAAAUCGUAUGUUCUCCAUUCUCAAUGAAUUCACAGAUAGUGAGAUAGAAGAAGGAAUUAAAGAACUGGACCAAAGAUACGAUGGUGAUACAGUACAAGCUGCUUACGAGUUCACCAUAGCUACUAUAACGAAGUAGUAGUAUCAUUCUGCCAUUCUGGUAUAUAUUAUUAUUGUUUUGUAUUUGGUAACUUUUA